GGCCACCUCUCUGCCAAAUAUAAACUGGAGGAUUCUUGGCACGCGGACAGACUGCGAGGCCUGCUGGGGGCGGGAGGUGGGGAAACACACUUGAGCAGAGGCCGAAGGACACACAGACUGAAGGACGGACAGACAAAGAGGUGAAAAGGGGGAAGAGAAAGAGGACAAUGGCGCUGGCUUCCACCGCAACCCUGCUCAGACGAGCGUUUGCCUCUGCAGCAGCAGCUCACGGGGGUCACGAGGGAGGAGCAAGGACGUGGAAGAUCCUGACCUUCGUGGUGGCUCUGCCCGGAGUUGGCGUGUGCAUGGCCAACGCCUGGCUGAAGAUGCAGCACGGCUCCCACGACCCGCCCGAGUUCAUCUCCUACCCGCACCUGCGUAUCCGCACCAAGCCCUUCCCAUGGGGAGAUGGUAACCACUCCCUCUUCCACAACUCCCACACCAACCCCCUGCCCACCGGUUAUGAGGGACCCCACCACUGAGCACAGGGCCACCUGGCAUCCACCUGGCAAAAAACACUCACUGGGUAUCGCCACAUGGACAAACACAGCCAAACACAUCGUUCCCGGGGCCAACUGACCAAUGAUUAAUAAAUAAAAUCAAGCUGAUGUUGCAGUAAA